GUCACCGGAAUGCGACGCGAUCAGCUGGAGACCGAGUAGAAUGAACCGUAGCAUGACAAUGCUGGGAGUAAACACACCAUUUACGGACACUCCAGUGGACCUGACGGGGUUGGCGUAAAAUGAUGUGCUGUCUGAAGGCUGCAAUGCAUGUUGGAGUGAUGGAGGUAUAGAGACUCGGUAGCUGCGAAGCGGAGUAUUUCGGCAUCAAGCCGGGUGGCGACACGGUUAGCUUGAUGCUUGUAGUGGAUGUUAAUUGUUAAGCCACGCACAGAGUGGGAGAGUUAGGUGAAUAGAGCCAUUGAGGCAGGCUGGAGAAGGUAGCAGUCCGGGUACGAGCACCCGUCAACGGCAGAACGGGAGCGAACAGCUGGUGUUCCGAGUGAUGGCAUCAGACGUCCAGCGGGUGUCAGCGGGGAGUCAUGAAGAGAUUCCCUCCGAGCAGCAGGAGUGGCACACCAGUGUGGGACAGAAGGAGCUACAGGCCCCCUCCCACACUAAAGAGGAGCUGCCGUGGGAGCAGCUUCAUGAUGAAGAUGAAGCUCAGUCCUUACAGCUUCAUCACAGUCAAAGUGAGAAGAACAGAGGGGCGGAGCUUCUAACUCAACACAUCACAGAAGCGGAUGGAGACCAUUGUGAAGAUAUAAACUCAGAACCAGACAGCAUCUUUGCUCCACUGUCAGACAUGGACGACAUGAUGUCAGACUCUGCUGAGAGCGAUCACAGUGACGACAUCCAAAAACCUGUAAAGAGUAAAAAUGACUCUAAAUGUGAUACGAGACAUCACACUAACAACAAACACUUUGACUGCUCUGAAUGUGGAAAAUCAUUUCGACGUAAGUCCCAUUUUACAAGACACAUGAGAAUACAUACUGGAGAGAAACCUUUUUUUUGCUCAGUUUGCGCUAAAAGAUUCAAAACUAAGAAUGAAAUGAUAUCACACAUGAGAAUACAUACAGGGGUGAAACCUUUUCCGUGCUCAGUCUGUCCCAAAAGAUUCUCCGUAAAUGCUAAGCUGAAAAAACACAUGAGAACGCACACAGGUGAGAAACCGUUUUCUUGCUCGGUUUGCAAGAAGGGUUUCUCCAGAAAGCAACACAUGACCACACACAUGAGAACACACAUGGAGAAGCAAUUUACCUGCACGUUUUGCCCUAAAAGAUGUACCGAGAAAAGUCAUCUUGUAGCACACAUGAGAACACACACUGGAGAGAAACCUUUUACCUGCUCCGUUUGCAGUAAGAGUUUCUACACAAAGCACGUUAUGACCACACACAUGAGAACACACACUGGAGAGAAACCAUUUAGUUGCACUGUGUGCAAUAAGAGGUUCAUGUAUAAGUAUCAGGUCAGCAAACACAAGUGUGUAACAGUCAUGGAAGCUGCAGGGAUUUAAAGGCCUACUGAAAUGAAAUUUUCUUAUUUAAACGGGGAUAGCAGAUCCAUUCUAUGUGUCAUACUUGAUCAUUUCGCGAUAUUGCCAUAUUUUUGCUGAAAGGAUUUAGUAGAGAACAUCGACGAUAAAGUUUUGGUCGCUGAUAAAAAAGCCUUGCCUGUACCGGAAGUAGCGUGACGUCACAGGUUGAAAGGCUCCUCACAUCUGCACAUUGUUUACACCAGCAGCGAGAGCGAUUCGGACCGAGAAAGCGACGAUUACCCCAUUAAUUUGAGCCAGGAUGAAAGAUUCGUGGAUGAGGAACGUGAGAGUGAAGGAUUAGAGUGCAGUGCAGGACGUAUCUUUUUUCGCUCUGACCGUAACUUAGGUAAAAGGGCUCAUUGGAUUCCACACUCUCUCCUUUUUCUAUUGUGGUUCACGGAUUUGUAUUUUAAACCACCUCGGAUACUAUAUCCUCUUGAAAAUGAGAGUCGAGAACGCGAAAUGGACAUUCACAGUGACUUUUAUCUCCACGACAAUACAUCGGCGAAGCACUUUAGCUACGGAGCUAACGUGAUAGCAUUGUGCUUAAAUGCAGAUAGAAACAAAAGAAAUAAGCCCCUGACUGGAAGGAUAGACCGAAGAUCAACAAUACUACUAUUACUAUUAAACCCUGGACCUGUAACCACACGGUUAAUGCUGUACCGCCUGGAGAAGCCUAGCAAUGCUGUUGCUAACGACGCCAUUGAAGCUAACUUAGCUACGGGACCUCGACAGAGCUAUGCUGAAAACAUUAGCUCUCUACCUACGCCAGCUCUCAUCUGCUCAUCACGACCCGUGCUCACCUGCGUUCCAGCGAUUGACGGCGCGACGAAGGACUUCACCACGAUGAUCGGUGCGGUCGGCGGCCCAGAGACGGAGGAAGUCAAGGUGAGGACAGCGGCGCUGCGGCGGACGGCGUUGUAGCUUUCGACGACACCCCGGCCGCCAUCAAAGUCGGCAAGAAACAUAUAUUUCCCCAAAGUUACAUACGUGACAUGCACAUAGCGCCACGCACGUACGGGCAAGCGAUCAAAUGUUUGGAAGCCAAAGCUGUACUCACGGUAGCGCGUCUGCUAUCCAACUCAAAGUCCUCCUGGUUGUGUUGCUGUAGCCAGCCGCUAAUACACCGAUCCCACCUACAGCUUUCUUCUUUGCAGUCUCCAUUGUUAAUUGAACAAAUUGCAAAAGAUUCACCAACACAGAUGUCCAGAAUACUGUGGAAUUAUGUGGUGAAAACAGACGAUUUAAGAUGGCCACCGUGCUAUUCCAAAAUGUCUGCUUCAACCUGUGACGUCACGCGCAAACGUCAUCAUAUCGAAACGUUUUCAGCCGGAAGUUUCCGGGGAAAUUUAAAAUUGCACUUUAUAAGUUAACCCGGCCGUAUUGGCAUGUGUUGCAAUGUUAAGAUUUCAUCAUUGAUGUAUAAACUAUCAGACUGCGUAGUCGGUAGUAGUGGGUUUCAGUAGGCCUUUAAAAACACUUAAACAGUGAUUGUGCUAAAUGUACUUUAAAAACACAGCAUGUUUAAUAUGAAUGUAUAUUUUAUGUUAUAUGUAGUGCUUCUCCUUUUCUAGUGUUAUACAGUAUGUUGUCCUGUAAUUACUUUUUAAGUUGUGUGUAUUUAUUGAAUAUUACUGUAUAUAUGUAGCUACUGUUUCAUUUAAUUUUCUCAUUGUUAAAGAGAGGACUUCUUAUUAUUUUCAUUUGGGUUUUUUUGUGUCUCAUAAAAUCACACAUUUUUCCCAUUGCAUUUUAUUGAUGUUAAUAUCCAAUUACAAGUAUGAAUAAAUACAAUUGUUAACAAAAUUUGGACUCUGGUAGAUUAGCAGCAUUGUUACGUCAUGGAUGUCAACUACUACAAAACGUCAACCGAAGAAGAAAAAGACUGAAGUUAGCAACACAUCACUGAAUUUAUAGAGCCAUCGCGAAUGGAGCUGGUUGUUUUUAUUGCUGCAUUUGUACUUAUUUUACCACACAGCUUCUGUCAGAAUAAUUGUAUAGAAGUUAUCGUACAACUUCUGUGUUACAUUGACUUCAGCUCGCCCUGCGAGAAGACAAAAGCUGUCUUUGAUCUUACCAAGCAAAAGGCUUGUAAAACUCCACUGUGUACGAUGAGAAGAGACAUGAAGGCGUCGGUUUCUUUGAUCUAUUGUGAUCCACAGGAAGAUUUUGUCUUGGCCCGAGAUCUACAAAGCGGAGCGGAAGCAGGACCAGACGCAAGCUCCAGGCAUCUUUUCUUUGAACUGUUUUGUGACCGAAGGCAACGGCUGUUUACGACUCCCCU